CCAUAUCUACUCUCUUGACGGACAGGUUCUUUUGAAAUCGUGUUAUGGUACUUGGUGCUCGCAAAAAAUACUCCUCCUCUACCGUCCUCCCUUAUCCCUCAGUUAUGAAUUUCGAAAAAGGUGUCCUCAUUCCCGAGCCCGUGGAUCCCAAAUGUGUGGAGAUUCUGCAAGACAUUGAUAUUCCUGUGGUCGUCAAAGUCGGACUGAAGCCUGAUGAACUAAAAAAGGAAAUUAAACAAUUUAGUGGGCUGAUUAUUCGUUCAGCCACAAAAGUAACAGCAGAUCUCCUUGCUGCAGCAGAAAAUCUGAGAGUUAUAGGACGUGCUGGAGUUGGUGUGGACAAUAUUGAUCUCGAGGCUGCAACUGAAAAGGGUGUUCUAGUAAUUAAUGCUCCUGGUGGAAAUACUUUAAGUGCUGCUGAAUUAACAUGUGUAAUGAUAACUUCUCUCUCACGAAAUAUAUAUGAAGCAGCCUCUUCUUUAAAAGCUGGAAAAUGGGACCGAAAAAGUUUCAUGUCCAAUGAGUUGGAUGGAAAAACUUUAGCUAUCAUUGGACUUGGCCGUAUUGGGAGAGAAGUAGCUCACAGAAUGCAGUCUUUUGGAAUGAAAACAAUUGGAUUUGAUCCAUUAGUUCCUGCUGAAGAAAGUAAAAAAUUCAAUGUUGAAAGUAUGGAACUAGAAAAAAUCUGGCUUCUUGCUGACUACAUUACUGUCCAUACUCCUCUAAUACCACAAACUACCAAUAUGAUUAAUGAAGCAGUUUUCGCCAAGUGUCGUAAAGGAGUUAAAAUCAUUAAUUGUGCUCGUGGUGGAAUUGUUGAUGAAACUGCUUUACUUGCUGCUUUAAAAUCAGGGCAGUGUGGAGGAGCAGGUCUAGAUGUGUACACGCAGGAACCUCCUAAAUGUACUGAAUUGCUACAGCACCCAAAAGUUAUCUGCACUCCUCAUUUAGGAGCAAGUACAUAUGAAGCUCAAUGCAGAGUUGCAGAAGAAAUAGCACAACAAUUUGUUAGUCUUCAUAGAGGGCAACCUAUUCAUGGAAUAGUCAACUCCCCAGCAUAUAGUUUGUCCAGGCUCCAUGGUCAAUGGGCAAAGAUUAGUAAAACUCUUGGAGCUUUUAUUUCAAUGCUGUUUACUGAUUUCGAUAAAACUAUUUCUGUAACUGUUAAUGUUUAUGGACGUGAAUUGCAAAAAAAAGAACCCCUCUUCGCUACAGCUGUUCUUAUGGGAAUACUUAAACAAAGAUGUGGUAUUGAUGCAAAUUAUGUAAAUGCAGUCAAAUUAGGUAGAGAGCGUGGCUUUCAGGUCACCAAAGUCAUCAACAAUCACAUAAGCUUGGACAGCGUAUCAGUUGAAUUGACAGCAACUGGUAUUACAGGAACACACUCUAUUCUAGGGACCUUGAAUAAUGGAGAACCUGCUUUGUGCAAUAUUGAUAAUUGCCAAUUUAAAACAGUGCCUUACCUUUCAAACGACUUAGUUUUCGUGAAAGGAUCUAAUGCCAAUGAUUUAAUGCUUAAAGUCUUUGGAAUCUUAGCUCUGAAUAAUCUGGUGCACAAUAUUGCAUGGGCUGAAAGGCCAAAGGAUAGUGAAGGCAGUUGGUGUGUUCUACAAACUAGAGGUAAGGUAGAAGAAAUGCCUGACGAAGUGAUCGAACAGAUAAAAUCUGCAAGAAGAUAUGUAGAUUUUUGGCAGCAGCUGCAGCUUUAAAGAUUUUUUGAACUCCCUCUUUACAUUUUUAAUACUAUAAGCAAAAUAAUAAUUUAUUUUAUCAAUUAAAAAAAAAUCAUUUUUUUUCCUUUUGUGGCAUAUAUUUACCAAAAUAUAUCUAGAUUUUAUGAAGGGGAAAUUCAUAUUCAAAAUUAGGGCAUUAAUCUAAUAAUAAUGUAUCUAUUGUUAAAUGCUUUUCAUACUUUUUCCUAUUAAUCAUUCUUUUAUUACAAGAUUUAAUUUUUAAUGUAUAUUUUGUUUCUAAAUUGACAAAAAAAACUCUGAAUUUUUGAUUCUGAUUGUCGAUUUACUUUUAUGCUAAUUUAUUUUAAUUUUUAUAUUUUUAUAAAAUGGCAUUUUUGUGGAAGUUAUGACUUUCUUAAUUUUUAUAUAGAUAGAUAUGUGUAUAUAUAUGAUGCGAGUCAGAAUAAUGUUACGUGUGUAUGUGCCAUAUAUUUACAUUCCAGAAAAAGAUUUGUUAAAUGUUUAGUAAAAAAAUUGUUUAAAACUUUUACAUAUUAAUUUAAAAUUAUUAGAAAGCUGUAUAGAUUAUUGCCUCAAUAUGUUGUCUUGUGUCAUUGUUUGAAUGUACAUAAAAAAAAAUGAAAUAAAGGCUUUUAGAAUGGCA